AUGGCUCGUUAUGAUUUUAUAUUAAUCAAGUUUUCACAUUCAAUCAUAAAGAUCAAAUACCUUCGGGUCCCUGACGAGAUUAUUGAGAUGGUAAGAGAGGACGCAGCGAGACGGCAAGCCAGUGGCGGUAAUCGUGGAGGGCGUGGUCAACGUGGUUCAGGGCGAGGUGGAGGAAGAGGUUCCUCUUCUCGUGGUGGACGGGGUGGGAUGAGAGGUGGAGGCGAUAGAUCACGUCGUUCUUGA